UGCAACUAAAAGGGCACUCUCUCGAAGAAGGUAUAGAAUAAUUCAUUUCCUCAUCACGAUCAUUUAUUGUGAACAGUCGUCUGGAUCUCGCUGUUAAUUCAAUCGCUAGAAGGAGGGAUUGAGGCCACAACAAUGUCUCAGAAGCAAUUGGAGAAUGGGGUCGACGGCGAUGAUGAAAGAGAAGAAGGGGAGGAUUCUGAAGACGAAGAAGAGGAGGAGGAGGAGGAAGUAGAGGUGGGUGAAGAGGAAGAAGAUGAGCCGAGGCUCAAGUACCAGAGGAUGAGAGGCAGCGUGCCGUCACUUCUUUCUGCCGACUCAGCCUCCUGCGUUGCUGUUGCGGAGCGGAUGAUCGCCCUCGGCACUCAUGGCGGCAACUUGUAUAUUCUCGAUUUCCUCGGCAAUCAAGUUAAGGAAUUUCGUGAUCAUACUGCUUCUGUCAACGAUCUAUCUUUCGAUAGUGAUGGCGAAUACAUUGCGAGCUGUUCUGAUGAUGGUUCUGUUGUAAUAAACAGUCUCUUCACUGAUGAGAAACUAAAAUUUGAAUAUCAUCGCCCAAUGAAGGCAAUUGCACUUGACCCGUACUAUGCAAGAAAAUCCAGAAGAUUCGUCACUGGUGGUUUAGCUGGUCAGUUAUUCUUUAAUUCGAAGAAAUGGAUAGGCUACCGCGACCAGGUUUUACACUCUGGUGAAGGCCCGAUUCAUGCAGUGAAGUGGAGAGCAAGCCUUAUUGCAUGGGCUAAUGAUGCAGGUGUCAAAAUCUACGAUGCUUCUAAUGAUCAGCGUAUUACAUUUAUUGAGAGACCACGAGGAAGCCCACAUCCGGAAGUUUUGCUUCCUCAUUUGGUUUGGCAGGAUGAUACUCGUUUGGUUAUUGGCUGGGGAACAUCUGUUAAGAUUGCAUCAAUAAAAACAUAUCAGAAUGCUGGGACAAAUGGAACACAUAGGCAUAUUCCUAUGUCUAGUAUAAACCAAGUGGAUAUUGUAGCAUCUUUCCAAACUAACUAUUUCAUAUCUGGUAUUGCUCCUUUUGGUGAUUCAUUGGUUGUUCUGGCUUAUAUUCCGGGAGACGAAGCUGGUGAAAAGGAAUUUAGCAGCAGUACUCCAUCACGCCAGGGAAAUGCUCACAGACCAGAAGUGCACGUAGUCACCUGGAAUAAUGAUGAGCUUGCAACCGAUGCACUGCCUGUAAAUGGCUUUGAGCAUUACAAGGCAAAGGACUAUUCACUCGCACAUGCUCCGUUCUCAGGUAGCAGCUAUGCCGGUGGUCAAUGGGCUGCUGGUGAUGAACCAUUAUACUAUGUUGUAUCUCCAAAGGAUGUAGUUAUUGCAAAGCCUCGGGAUACAGAAGAUCACAUUUCUUGGCUUCUUCAACAUGGAUGGCAUGAAAAAGCUUUGGCUGCAGUUGAAGCUGGACAAGGACGGAGUGAGCUAAUUGAAGAGGUGGGAUCUAGAUAUCUUGAUCAUCUGAUCGUUGAAAGAAAAUACGCUGAAGCUGCAUCUCUGUGUCCAAAAUUGUUGAGGGGAUCUGCUUCAGCAUGGGAGAGAUGGGUUUUCCAUUUUGCUCAUCUUCGUCAACUGCCUGUAUUGGUUCCCUAUAUACCAUCUGAAAACCCAAGAUUGCGUGAUACUGCUUAUGAGGUUGCGCUAGUUGCUCUAGCUACAAACCCAUCUUUCCACCAAACUCUUCUAUCAACUAUCAAAUCUUGGCCACCAGCAAUUUAUUCUGCUUUGCCAGUUAUCUCAGCCAUCGAACCUCAGCUAAAUGCUUCAUCUGCUACUGAUGCUCUCAAAGAGGCACUAGCAGAGCUGUAUGUCAUUGAGGGGCAAUACGAGAAAGCAUUCGCAUUAUAUGCUGAUCUUAUGAAGCCUGAUGUAUUUGAUUUUAUUGAAAAGCAUAACCUACAUGAUGCAAUUCGUGGAAAGGUUGCCCAGCUGAUGUUGGUAGACUGCAAAAGAGCAGUUAGUUUGUUAAUCCAGUACAGAGACUUAAUAACUCCAUCAGAAGUAGUUUCACAACUCUUGGCUAUGGGGAACAAAUCUGACUCCAGAUACUUUUUGCAUACAUAUCUUCAUUCACUAUUUGAAGCUAACCCACAUGCUGGAAGGGAUUUCCAUGAUAUGCAGGUGGAACUCUAUGCAGAAUAUGAUCAAAAGAUGUUGGUUCCAUUCCUCCGCAGCAGUCAGCACUAUACACUUGAGAAGGCAUAUGAGAUUUGUCUUCAAAAGGGUUUACUAAGAGAGCAGGUUUUCAUCCUUGGAAGAAUGGGCAACUCAAAAAAAGCCCUUGCAGUAAUUAUAAAUAACUUGGGGGAUAUUGCUGAGGCUAUUGAAUUUGUUAGUAUGCAGCAAGAUGAUGAACUUUGGGAAGAGUUGAUAAAACAAUGUCUUAAUAAGCCUGAAAUGGUGGGUGUAUUGCUAGAGCACACUGUGGGCAAUUUGGAUCCAUUGUAUAUAGUGAAUAUUGUGCCCAAUGGUCUAGAAAUUCCACGGCUGAGAGAUAGACUGGUCAAAAUCAUAACGGACUAUAGGACAGAAACAUCUCUGCGACAUGGCUGCAAUGAUAUUCUUAAGGCUGAUAGUGUCAAUCUUCUGAUAAAAUAUUACAAAGAAGCAAGGCGAGCAGUUUACUUGAGUAACGAAGAUGAUGGAGCACAUGCUAAACGGGAUGGUAUCGCUUCUGCCUCUCAGUCAACCGAGAAAAUACCAAACAUGGAAAUCAAGUCAAAAACGAGGGGAGGUGCUCGUUGUUGCGUGUGCUUUGACGCCUUUUCCAUCCAGAAUGUAUCUGUGGUAGUAUUCUUUUGCUGUCACGGAUACCACACUAGUUGCCUUACUGAUUCGAUGUACACAGUCUCGAAAGAGACAGAAGCGGCAAAGAAACCCGAAAACACAUCAUCCUACUAUGAGUACGAUAAUGGGGAUAUGAACGAGGAAGUAGAAGAAGAAGGAGAAGAAGGAGAUACAAUGUUAGAUGGUCCUCGACUGCGUUGUAUUUUGUGUACGACAGCUGCCAAAGGAGCUUGAGGCGUGAGUGUGAAUGAUGUUGGUUUGAGUACACACCUGUAUAGGCUGGUUUAUUCAUUAUUAUAUAUAUUUUUUGUGUCUAUUUGUUGUGGUAUUGGCAUGUCAGUGUGCCCUUUUUGUCUAUUUGGUGGAAGUAUUUCUUACUCAAUAGGUUUUUAAAAGUGUCACAUUGAAUCGGAGUAGAUAAUGUUGUAUUGAGGAUGAGUGAAGUGAAAACAAGACUGUGUUUUGUGAUGUUUUAUGAUGAUUUGCAGACUAAAAUGACUGUUUAAAAUUCUUUUUUUAAUAUAAACUUUACAGUGGGCAUUCUAUCA